AUGGCUUCUCCACUGGAUCUCAACAAUAUUCAGGGAGAUAUCUUGAAAGGUUUCCCCAAGAAGACCGAGACCUUUUAUUUCUUCCGCAUUGACGACAAUCGUGUCAAGGAGUUUCGUGAACAGCUCACCGAACUGGUACCCUUGAUCACCACAACAAAUCAGAUCAAGGACGACCGAAGGAAGAUCGAUGAGAACAAGAAGAAAGGUGCAGAGAGGCAACAUGGCCCUCCAAAGCUGUUGAAAAUGUGUGGAGUCGGUCUAAGCUUCUCUCACAAGGGGCUGGAAAAGAUCGGAAUCCGUGAUGAUAUUGGCGACGCCAAUUUCAAAGACGGUAUGCUCGCUGAUGCGAAGGAUCUUGGCGACCAAGGAUCGUUCUCCUCGGACAAAUUUGACCCAGAUUGGAUUCCUGAAUUCAAGGAGGAAAUCCACGGCCUGAUCCAGGUAGCUGGCGAUUGCCACGACACCGUCAAGGACAAACUGGAAGAAAUCAAAGACAUCUUCUCGGUUGGUGACGAUGACGCCACCAUUCACAAAGUGUUCAGGGUGACUGGAGAUAUAAGGCCCGGAGCUCAUAAGGGUCACGAACAUUUUGGCUUCCUCGACGGCAUCUCGGACCCUGCAGUCCAGGGCGUGGACACUAACCCAUUGCCAGGUCAGGAAACGAUUCGUCAGGGCAUAAUCCUCCUCGGCCGCGAAGGUGAUGAAUUCAACCGGCCGCCAUGGGCUGUGGACGGGAGUUUUCUCGCUUUCCGCUAUCUCCCUCAACGAGUUCCUGAAUUCAAUGCGUUCCUGAAGAACAACGCUAUCCCCAUCCCUGAUCCAAGCAAGCCUCCUGAACUAGGCAUGGAGCUCCUUGGUGCUCGGCUUGUUGGGAGAUGGAAGAGCGGGGCACCUGUUGACAUUUCCCCUCUUGGAGACGACAAGGCCCUCGCCAAAGAUCCAAACCGCCGCAACGACUUCCGCUAUGACCCACUUUCUCAGGAAAGGUGCCCCUUCGCAGCACAUAUCCGCAAGACGAAUCCGAGAUCCGACCUCGACUCCACCGAAGCCAACCGUAUCAUCCGCCGAGGUAUCCAAUAUGGGCCCGAGGUCUCCGCUGCUGAAGCUGCUACGAAGAGAACCACCAAAGACCGCGGACUCCUCUUUGCCUGCUACCAAAGCAAUAUCGCUAAUGGGUUCAAGUUCAUUCAACAAAGCUGGGCGAACCGUGUCGACUUCCCAUUCGGGAAACCCAUAGAUCCAGGUUUCGAUCCCAUCAUCGGUCCAAACCAAUAA